GCGCUGUUUUGCAGAGUGGCUGUGACGCGGUGGUCUAUAUUUCAGGGCUGCUGGUGGAUUGUGCAGAGUUCUCUUGGACAGCAUGGCUGUGGAAAAGCGCUUGGCGUAUUCCAUCGUGCAGUUCCUCAGAGACCAGACACAUUCAGGGUCACUGAACUCUGACGAACAGGAAAGCCUUGAAGUCGCAAUACAGUGUUUAGAGACGACGUUUAAGUUCAGCUCCAGUGAUGCUCAGCUCGCAGCUACACAACCUCUCACUGAGAUCUUCCUCAACGCUCUGCUCAAGAAUGACAUCGUCGUGUCUCCGUCUGCUGAAGACAUGGAGAGAGCCGAGCAGCUGAAAAAUGAAGGAAACAAUCACAUGAGGGAGGAAAACCACAGCUGUGCACUGGACUGUUACACAAAAGCCAUCCAUUUGGACCAAAGAAAUGCAGUUUACUUUUGUAACAGGGCUGCAGCACACAGUAAACUGGGAAAUUACACAGAAGCGAUUGGAGACUGUGAGCGUGCCAUCGCAUUCGAUCCCACAUACAGUAAAGCUUACGGACGAAUGGGAUUAGCGCUGGCUGCCAUGGGCAAGUUUCCAGAGGCCAUCAAUUACUUUAAGAAGGCGCUGGUACUGGACCCGGAAAAUGACACCUACAAAUCCAACUUAAAGACCGCUGAGCAAAAGAAGACAGAAACCUCGAGCUCGACGGUGUCCAGACUGGGCUUCGACAUGGCGAGUCUCAUCAACAACCCAGCGUUCAUAAGCAUGGCUGCCAGCGUGAUGCAGAACCAGCAGGUUCAGCAGCUGAUGUCGGGAAUGAUGUCGAGCGCAGUGAGAGGUCCAGCAGCAGGAGUCGGAGGGAUGUCGGAUAUCUCCAGUCUGAUUGAAGCUGGGCAGCAGUUUGCUCAGCAGAUUCAGCAGCAGAACCCAGAGUUGAUAGAACAGUUGAGGAACCACAUCCGCAGUCAGUCAUUCAGUGGCAGUCCUGAGGAACGCUCCUGAUCAGAGCGCUGGUGUGUGUGUGAGUGAAGAGAGAGAGAGCGAGAGCGAGAGCGAGAGAGAGCGAGAGAGAGAGAGAGAGAGCGAGAGAGAGAGAUCAAGAGAGAGAGAGAGAGAGAGAGGCAUGGCACUUUAUUUGGAUCUGAGAACACGGGUGUAAAUACUUUCACACCAAAUGACUUUCCUCACUAAUCAGCGUGAGCUCCUAAUGUUCUAGAGUUCUAAAGGUUCUCAGUUAGAUGCUGUAUUUAUUCAAGUCAAAAUCGUAUUCAUUAAACAUCUCGCUUCUGUUUCAGCUCUAACUGUCUGAUCUAUAAUCUAAAGUGAGAUUUCCACCAAUCACAGACAGUCUGAUAAUAUCUACCAAUGAUGUGAUGAAGAUAAUUAGACCUGCAUAGCAACACACAGGCGAUUGGACGUCGAAGUGUUGUGUGAUUUUACAGUGAAUUAAAGGUGCAGUGUGAUUAUUAUGAAGAGUUCUUGUUUGGCUACAAAAUGAAAGAAGAAACUCCAGAAACGGUGAAGAUGCGGAACAGUGUGUUUACAUUCCUUACAGUGAUCAGACUUUCUUUCCCACUCUUCUCCUUGUGUGUGUUUCUGGUCUGUUUCUUGCCAACUGAUGAUCUACAGGUUCUGUGUUUAUCGUCCUGGACAUACAGUGAUCCUCAAAACCUGCUCCUGGUCUCCUGAACCGUCUGAGAUCUGAUAUCGUGCUCUAACACUGUCAGUAAACUAGUGUGUGAUUAGAUUCUGUUUGGAUUUAUUAAACACUUACACAGAUUUAAAAACACCAAAUAAACCAGUUUGAUUUGUGAUUCUUAAUCAAAUCGAAUGUUUAUCCUGCUGGAUUGAUUCAUCUGAAAGUGAAUCAGUUAAACUGACUCGUGUGCUGUGUUCAGUUCAGCAGAAGCAGUGAUGAGGUCAUUGAUGAGGUCACAGCAUCGAUGACACAGUUUUUCAGCAUGUUAUGUUGAUCUUAGUUACAGUAAGACGUGCUGUGGAUGUUUAGGCGACUCUGUACAUGAUGUUAAAUUUAUUCUGCAUGCUCUAGAACCAGAGUGUCUGAUCUCUAGAACAGAAGAUGCCUGUAAACACUGAGAAACAGAAAAUAAAUCACAGCUGAAUAAA